UUUUUUUUUUUUGUGGAUAAGUCCAGUCCAAUAAUGAAUGGCAUUUCCGACUUUUUAGAAAAACAUCAACAGGGUGCGCGGUUUACGUUAACUGCCAUUGCUGCCUCUGCAUUAACAACAGCUGCAUUACUCAGUUACCAAAAAUAUAUAAACUUUCGUCUAGAAAAGGAAGAAAAUAAUAACACAUCUUCGUUUUUAAACCAAAAGGCUAUUAAAGAAAAAUCAGCAAUACAACAUUCAAAUACAAUAGAUAUCAUUGAUGAAGAAGAUCCAAUUCAACAAGAACCCGAAAGGAAAAAGUCAAUCGAUGAGACAUUAGUAUUAGAACUGUUAGCAAGAAAUAUUGCCUUUUUUGGUGCUGAAGGUGUCUCAAAGAUUCGUCAAUCAUUUAUUGUUGUAGUUGGAUCAGGUGCUGUAGGCUCCUGGACAGCACUUAUGCUAGUACGUUCCGGAGUGGAGCAUAUUCGUAUUAUAGAUUCUGGUCGAGUCCGUUUUGAAAGUUUAACUCGACAUGCAGUAGCAAAAGUAACUGACGUUGGCAAGUCUAAAUCGCGCAUUUUAAAGAAAUAUUUAGCCGAUAUUGCACCUCAAGCUAAUGUAGAAUCACUACACGCUGAAUUAACAGAGGAUAAUAUUUCGAAAAUGCUAGCAGGCAACCCAGAUUUUGUUGUCGAUACCUUGUCUCAUGUAAAGGAUAAAAUUCUUUUGGCUAAAUAUUGUAAAGAGCAUAACAUCAAGAUUGUCAGUGCAAUGAGUGCUGGUUUGAAAGCAGAUCCUACCUUAGUUCAAGUAACUGAUGUAAGUGACUCAGUCUCAGAUCCUCUUGCUCGUAUGUAUAGAAGACAAUUAAGAAAAUUCGAUAUUGCUUGUGACCUUCCUAUCGUUUAUUCUAUCGAAAAGAAUAUAAACAUAGAUAAAGAUGUUGCCGAUUUUAGAACUCGUUCUUUACCUGUUCUUGGUCCUGUUGCUAGCAUGUUUGGCAUGGCAUUGGUUACUUAUAUUCUUGUCCAAUUAGCAGAUUUUACAGCUUAUAAGUUGCCUGCCAAUAAAAUGCGCGAUGGCGUUUAUACUCGUUUGCAAAAAGAAUUAGCAUCAAGAGAAGAAUUCAUCUUUAAAAACAAAAAUAAUAUUUUAAAUACAAAAGAUGUUGGAUAUAUUUUUGAUGAACUUUGGAAGGGAAAGAGUGUUAUUUCAGGAGCUCAGGAUAGAUCAUUAGUUAUGACUCGUUGGGAUACCUCAAAAGAAAGCAGUAUUUUGAAUACAGUAGUAAUGACCAAAGAAGAAGCUAAUUUACAUGAUAAACUGCCUCAAGGAACAGAUUUAGUUGCUCACUACGGAAGAGACGUCGUUGAAAGGAUUGAAGAAGAAUUUAGAUUAGAACGUAAACUUCAAGAGUUAUGGGAUUCUUGUCAAUAAUAAAAUAUUGAAGUGCAUUACAUUACAUUAUAUAACUUUAGUCAUUAUUGUUUUAUAUUUUAAAAUACAUAAGCAUGUAUGAGCACAUAAAAAAAGAAAAGAAAAGAAAAGAAAAAAAAAA